AUGGAUAUUGUCGUCCGCGGGCAGAUUGGAAACGAAAAUUCUAAAACACUUGUNUUGCAUGGAUUUACUGAAAAAAUUAUAGCGGAAAGAAAACUUUAUCACGAACAAACGAACGGUAGAUAUUUGAAAAUUAUCGAAAAUAACGAUGUGACAGAAACAGACGGCAGAGAAAUAUAUGGAAGGGAAAAAAAGCGACUCGCUAUGUUGGAUCUUCUAAUAGCAGCUUCGCGUGAACAUCAUUUGACUGAUAUGGAUAUAAGAGAAGAAGUAGAUACUUUCACAUUUGAAGGUCACGACACUACAGCGAUAGCUAUAUCCUAUACUUUAUUACUGUUAGCAGAACACAAGGAAAUUCAGGUACUUCUUGACAGAGACAAGCGAUAUAUUUUAUUGGGGAUGCUAAUUAAUUUUGUUCAGUUAUUUAGUCGUUAGUAUUCUAUUAAAGAAAAAGUUAGAUCCUUAUUUAAAAGGUAGAAGUACUAGCUAGUCGAAUAUAUUCUUCCAUAUAUCAAUUAAAAUUAAUUAAUCAAAUGGGAAUAUUCAGGAAUACCCUCUCUAAAAUAAAUAUAAAUAUAUAUAUAAACCUAUAUAUAUAUAUAUA